UACGACGCGUAUGGAGCCGUAUCCUGUAGUGCACUACGUAUCCAUUAUCAGUGAUUUGGGAUUAAACCCAUUUGAAUGAGCGCGUUUGAGUGUGUGUGUGCGCGCGCGUGUGUGUUGAAAAAGAUGUAAAAGAUGGCGGAGCUACAGAUGCUCCUGGAGGAAGAAAUUCCUGCCGGACGGAGAGCUUUGCUGGACAGUUUCACCAACCUUGAAAGAGUCGCUGAAUACUGCGAAAGUAAUUACGUGCAGUCUCAAGAUAAGCACAGAGCACUAGAAGAAACAAAAAACUACACAACUCAGUCUCUGGCCAGUGUUGCCUACCUGAUCAAUACACUCGCAAAUAAUGUGCUGCAGAUGCUGGAUAUCCAGGCGUCACAGCUACGCCGGAUGGAGUCCUCAAUCAACCACAUCUCGCAGACAGUGGAUAUACACAAGGAAAAGGUAGCAAGAAGGGAGAUUGGCAUCCUGACAACCAAUAAAAACACCUCUCGCACCCACAAAAUUAUUGCUCCAGCCAAUCCUGAGCGUCCAGUGCGUUACAUACGGAAACCUAUCGACUACAAUGUGCUGGAUGAUAUUGGCCAUGGAGUAAAGUGGUUGCUUAGGUUCAAGGUUGGAAAUCAAAGCAUGAAGAUGGGGGGUCUUCCUCGGACCACCCCUCCAACACAAAAACCUCCGAGCCCUCCAUUACCUGGAAAGGGAACCAUAGGGAGACACUCUCCAUAUAGGACACUGGAACCAGUGCGUCCUCCUGUGGUCCCUAAUGACUAUGUUCCCAGUCCCACACGCAACAUGGCACUUGGGCAGCAGCAGAGUCCUGUGCGCACAGCGUCACUGAACCAGAGGAACCGUACCUAUAGUGGGAGUAGCGGGGGCAGCCAUCCAAGCAGUCGCAGCAGCAGUCGGGAAAACAGUGGGAGUGGCAGUGUGGGAGUGCCAAUCGCUGUGCCCACCCCCUCUCCCCCUAAUGCAUAUCCAGCCUCUGUGGCUGGGGCCUCUAGCUGUUCUUCAGCUUCACUUAACACCACCCAACCUUCUGCUGCCUGUUCUAAGUCUGCCGCCACCCAGUCUUUAACAAACCUCACUACUCCUACUGAGCUUUCCCCCAUGUUCCCCCCUGCUGCUGAAGCCAUAGCCGAACCCACUUCUUCUCAACCCAUUAGUCCUGCUACAGCUACUGCCUCCUCCUCCUCUGCCUCCUCCUCAUCUUCUUCCUCUACCUCCACUACCCCUGCACCAGGCACUGCCCCUCAGUUCUACAGUAUGAACAGACCUGUACCCAGACAGAUCACGCCCCCUGUUGGUGGCUCUCUGCCUUACCGCCGUACACCCUCUGUCAGCAGCCAGUCCUCUAUGUCUGCCAGUCAGCAGAAUGGAGGACCACACUACAACCAGGGCCAAGUGGCACUUCCUCCCCCCUCCAUCCUGCAGAUUACUCCUCAGCUUCCUCUCACAGGCUUCGUGGCUCGAGUUCAGGAGACCAUUUCAGAUGCUCCACCUCCACCUCCUCCUACAGAAGAGAGUAUGUUUCAAGAAGUGCAGCCUCCUCCUCCACCUCUGGAGGAUUAUGAAGAAGAGUCCUCAGUGGUGGAAUACAGUGACCCGUAUGCUGAGGAAGACCCGCCUUGGGCUCCAUGUGUUUACUUGGAGAAAGUGGUGGCGAUCUAUGACUACACACAAGACAAAGAGGAUGAACUGUCAUUCCAGGAAGGGGCAAUCAUCUACGUUAUUAAGAAGAAUGAUGAUGGUUGGUAUGAGGGUGUGAUUAAUGGCUCUACUGGACUUUUCCCUGGUAACUACGUGGAGUCCAUCAUGCACUACACAGAGUGAUGCUUGAAGCAGUGCAGUCAGCACUAAAGCUAACACACAUGGGUACAGCACAGACAGCCGUUACAGCAGAUUUCAGGCAUAUUCAGAUAUUCAGGCAGGACUAAUUGUCAUUUGUGAGAAGAGCAAACUUCAGUGGAAGGAAAAAUUAAAGUGGACAUGUUGGCUUUUCAGAAAAGAAGGCUUGCAGUAUUAGAAUAUUAUAAAAUGUACUAACAAUAAAAUCUUGUUACUCUUUUGUUUGAUGAA